GACAGACAGACAGACAGACAGACAGACAGACAGACAGACAGACAGACAGACAGACAGACAGACAGACAGAGUGCAGACUAUUGAGGAGUUGGACAAAUCCUCCAUCAUUUUCAAGUUUUUCCUCUCCAUCAAUUGAUGUAACAAAUAAGUGAGUAGUAAAGAAUAGCUAGCAUUUCAGAGAAAGAGGAUAAACGUCAUAGAGGAGAGAGGAUCCUUAAGCAGAGCAUCUAAACUGGAAUUGACGGGGGGAGAGUGGAAGGGUACUACAGGAUGCUUCUGGGCAGCAUGAACCGUCUGGGGGCGGUCCCUGCCUUCCUCAGGACCCCCACAAUGAUCCCGCCCCCGCUGGACAUGAAGCAGUUCCUGCAGUUCCCCAUGGACACAGCUCCACCACAACACAGCAUGGGCCUCUUCCACAACUUCAACACCAACAGUUACUCAACAAUGGACCCAGUACAGAAGGCAGUGAUGAACCACACCUUCGGCCCCCCCAUGAUGAAGACCAAACGACCCAUCAUCUCCUGCAAUGUCUGCCAGAUCCGCUUCAACUCAGAAAGCCAGGCAGAGGCCCACUAUAAGGGGAACCGCCACGCUCGGAGGGUAAAAGGCAUUGAGACCUCCAAGACUCGCCCCCAGGAAGGUGACAAGCCGGCCGCUCCCCCCACCGCCUCCCCCUCUCCACCAGGCCCCUCACCAUCCAGCCCAGGCCCUGACCCUAGCAAACAGGAUGACGUCCAGUCCCGCCCACAUUCAAACGGCUCAGACGUGACACCCAGCCCCAUCCCCAUGUUUGUCCCAGACACCCCCCUGCUCCCUGUGUGUCCAUCCCUGCCCCCUCUGAGUACACCCAUGCCCACCACCUCCACCCCCUUCCCGGCCCUUUGUGCCCCCCAGGUGGACACCCCCAUGGCGGGUCCCCCUGACACCCCGUCCCCGGCCCCCAGCCUCUCUUCAGGGGAGUCUGAGGAGGACAAGGCCAAGAAGCUGCUCUACUGUUCACUGUGCAAAGUGGCCGUCAACUCACUCUCUCAGCUAGAGGCGCACAACAAAGGUACCAAACACAAAACCAUCCUGGAGGCGUGGAGUGGGCUGGGCCCCAUCAAAGCAUACCCUCGGCUGUGCCCUAACCUCAGCCCAGAGCAGGCAGGGGGGCUGCCCUCGGACCACAACACUCAGGAACGCACCUUCCACUGUGAGAUCUGCAACGUGAGGGUAAACUCUGAGCUGCAACUCAAACAGCAUAUAUCCAGUCGAAGGCAUCGGGAUGGAGUUGCAGGGAAGCCCAAUCCCCUCCUUAGCCGGCACAAGAAUCGCACAGACUUUGUGUCAUCCUUCUCAAAGGAACUUCCAAAAACUCUGGGCCAUGGACUGUUGCCUAACCCCCUGGCUGUUGCUGUGGCGAUGGCAGCCGCUGCCUCCUCCAAUCAGCUGGCUCAGCUGCGUGCCCCUGGUCCCAUUUCUCACCCUCAGAACUACCACCCCCACCACCACCUCCUACAGGGCACACUACAAGGCACGCACCUCCGCCUCCUACGGCCCGCCCCUGGGCCUAUGCGCACCACCCAUGGGCCAAUCCUCUUCUCCCCUUAUUGACGGUGGUGUGAUGGGGGCCUAUCAGGAAGGAGCACACUGUGAAGUAAACAGGGAAAACCAUUGAUAGAUAAGACAGAUGUUAGAACAUUAAUAUUUGACGUAGGAAAGACUGUGCCUCUCCCUCUCCACCCUUCCACCCUUCCACCCUUCUUUGUUUGAUAACUUCCAAAGCAAAGGAUGGACAGCUUGCAGCCAUUUUAAAGAGGAAGGAUGCAUGACAGACUCAGAUGGACCUUCUGUCAACGCUUUCCCUCCCUUAACCCUCCUUCAACCUUCAGUUAAAAAUAUUUGUACAGGUCAAACAUGGCUGAGGCUGACUCAGUAGACUGAGCUCUGUUCUAUUUCAUGUUUCCUCCACAUCUCUGUAUUUCUGGUUCAGUGCUCACCCACCCAAAGCCAUCUGCAAUAUAAGUUUCAUACAGUAAAACCCUGUUGGGGUGUUCAAUAAUCCAAGUGCAGUACCUACCUACAGGUGUAGGAUCUCAAUUUGAUCAACCUGUUGCAGAAGUAGUGUAUUUGAGUUUUAAAAAGGCCUAUGAAGUUUUACAUUUCCACUUUGAAAUUUCAGACUUGACUUUC